AUGACUGGCAAAGAUUGGGAAGUUGUUCAUCCUCAAGUUCUGCAACAGGCUCUUGCACGUCCUUGUUCUGAUCACAACCUAAUUGCACUUAAUUGCCAGUGUUUGAAGCAUGGAAGUGUUGGUUACAUCUUUUGUAAAAAGCUUCAGUUAUUAAAGAUUAAGCUUAAGGAGUGGAGUAAAGCGGAAUAUGAUUCAAGACUAAGAAGUGGCAAACCAUGUAUUCUCUGUAAAAUUGAUUUUGAAAAAGCCUUUGAUCAUGUGAAUUGGGAUUUUCUUGAUGAAAUUUUUAUGCUCAUGGGUUUUGGUGAAAAAGGAGGAGAUGGUGCUACAAGUUUUUUCAUAAGCAAAAAAGGUAUUAGGCAAGGUGAUCCCAUAUCAGCUUUCUUAUUCUUGUUAGUUGGUGAAGCUCUCAACUUCAUGAUAAAAAGAGCACAAAAACAAGGCAUGAUCUCUGGUUUUCAAGUCAAGCCCAAUGGAUUGGUUAUUAGUCAUUUGAAAUUUGCAGAUGACACUCUCAUUUUUAUAGAUGAAGAAGUUGAGCAUGUAAAAAUUUUAAUAAUUCUUCUUAUUUCAUUUGAAAUGCUCACUGGUUUGAAAAUCAACUUUGCAAAAAGUCAGAUUUAUGGUGUUGGCUUUGCUGGUGAUCUGGCUGUCUUUUCUUCUAUUCUGGGAUGCUAUAGUGGUUGUUUACCAACCACUUAUCUUGGUUUACCACUAGGUGACAGAUGUGGUGGUGUUGCUAAAUGGGACAAGAUUAUAGAAAAAUUCAUUCUUAAGUUGCCUGGUUGGGAAAAAACCCAUUCUUUCAAGAGCUGGAAAGAUAACUCUCAUUGA